UCAGUGUGGCCUGCCUUCUCAUGACACCGGAUGUGGUGACUUUUAUCCAAUUCGAAUUUCGCCAGCUCCAUCGUUCCGUUUUGUCGAUAAAAUCGGGAAGUUGUUUUUGCGGGAGUCUGUUGUUGCGCCGGGCACGGUCGAAGUAUUUUUCCGCAACUGAGGACUCGGCGCGCUGUAGUGUUAGAAACAUUUGCACAUUGAUUUGUACGCGGGAGCAGCUGGAGGAUUGUUGCUAUGAAGGAUCAUUAAUAUAUAGAAGAUUAUUCCAGUCGCUGAUUCGUGGAAGAUGUGACAGAAGCACUGCUUGAAUGGACUGCUUGAAUCGAAUUGAUGAUCUACAGAGAGGGGGAUCAAUUUACAAGAUUUCUGGUUAAAUUCGGCGGUGCAGCAAAUGCCUUUGGUUUUAAAGUGCACGACUAUUCUGCCACCUUUUGCAGUGUCAAGAAUUAGAAUCCGCACCUCUGUGAGUCGGGCGAGGCAUCUUUGCGGAGUCGGAGAAAGUAGAACUAUGGGACAGCAUUCUUUGAUGUGGUUUCGGAAGGGGCUGCGCUUACACGACAAUCCUGCUCUGCAUAAAGCUUGCGAAGACGCGUCUCAUGUUUUUCCCGUUUUCGUGUUGGAUCCCUUCUUUCUAGCUCCAGAUCCCACUGCACCUUCUCCUGGCUCAAGGACCGCUGGAGUGAACCGAAUACAUUUUCUGCUCCAGAGCCUCCAAGACCUGGACUCAAGCCUGAAGUCUCGCGGCUCUCAGUUAUUCUUGGUGCAUGGAAAUCCCACCGAAGUUAUCCCCGAACUUCUUGAAAAGUGGAGCAUAAAAAGACUAUGUUUUGAGCACGACACGGAACCAUACGCCCAGGAUCGAGAUAAGAGAAUCAAGGAAAUCUGUGAAGAGCGUGGUAUAGAAUUACACUCACCUGUGAGUCAUACUCUUUUCAAUCCCGCCGAGACUAUUUUGAAGAAUGGUGGCAAGCCACCAUUGACUUAUCAGGCAUUUUGUAGAACUCUCGGAAAACCUCCGAAGCCAGUCGGUGAUGCCCCAGCUGCAAUUCCGGAGCCUUCGAAGGACUUGAUGGACGUGGAUGUGGUGCCUAUACCAAGUCUUCAAGACCUAGGAUAUGCAGAUCUGAACGAGGAAUUCACACCGUUCGGUGGAGGAGAGACUGAAGGACUGAGGAGAUUAGAUAAAAUGUUAGCUGACAAGAAAUGGGUCGCCGAAUUCGAGAAGCCGAAGGGAAAUCCAACUGCUUUUAUCAAGCCUGCAACAACAUGUCUGUCACCGUAUCUGAAGUUUGGAUGUGUGUCGGUCCGGCUAUUCUACGCACGAUUGCUUACCGUCUACUCGGAAAUGAAGAAGCACUCUCAUCCACCUGUCUCCCUUGAAGGACAACUCCUGUGGCGGGAGUUUUUCUACACAGUAGGCUACGGCACUAUUAACUAUGAUCGCAUGGUUGGCAAUCCAAUUUGUAGGCAGAUUCCGUGGAAGGACGAUGAAGUCCUUCUGAGCCGUUGGAGGGAUGGACAAACGGGCUUUCCAUGGAUUGAUGCAGCAAUGAUCCAGUUGAGGAAGUGGGGAUGGAUGCACCAUUUGGCUCGGCAUGCCGUUGCCUGUUUUCUGACUCGUGGAGAUCUCUUCGUAUACUGGGAGAAAGGUCGUGACGUAUUCGACAGGCUGUUGGUUGAUUCCGAUUGGGCCAUCAACAAUGGAAACUGGAUGUGGCUUUCGGCUUCCGCAUUUUUCGCGCAGUAUCAUCGUAUCUACUCACCGAUCACUUUCGCGAAGAAACAUGAUCCCGAGGGGAAUUAUAUCAAACACUUCAUACCGGUUCUCAAAGAUAUGCCGAAGGCGUACAUAUAUGAACCAUGGACAGCGCCUCUGAGUGUUCAAAAGGCGGCCAAUUGCAUCAUCGGGAAAGACUAUCCCAAACCUGUGGUGGAUCACGCCAUUGCGAAUAAGAAGUGUCGUGAUCGCAUGGGAGCUGCGUUUGCUCUUAACAAGGCAGCCGGGUCUGGGCAGCCAACUCAAGAGCAGGUGAAUGCUUUAAACGAGAAACUGACUGCAAAGUUGGAUGAAGAUUCAGAUGCUUCUAUCGCUGCCGAGAGCAGUGACGGGGAGCCCCCGCCAUCCCCAAAGCCGAAGCCAAAGUCAAAGAGGCAGCGAACGCUAACAGAGUACAAGAAGAAAUAAUCUUGUAGCAGCACCUACAAUUUUGAAGCCACUGUAAAUAUCUUAGUGCAGAUGAAUUAAGAGCAGGGAAUUUUUACACCAUUUUACUUUCCCAGAUUAGUAGUUGUGGCCGUCAAUCCUGUGUCGGCUACAUCAAGAGGUUUAUGAUGGUGAAAUUCGUUUCCUCUUUAUCUGGAAACUAUUUUAUCAUCUGAGAAUUCAAGUGUAAAUGUGAGAUUCGGUUAAUGUUGGG